CAUAGCCUAUGUGUUGUCUUAGUUAGGCCACAUAUUAAUGUUAUCAUGUAAUUACAUAAUUGUCCAAUUUAAAUGCAGAAUUCUGCUCAGAAUUCACUUUCAGGAUAUCUGGGUAGGCCUAAUAUACUGUCUCGGUGGGCUUUUUAGGACGUUGUUUUGAUGUUCGACGCUCACUCGGCCGUUCGCUCACAUUCCGGAUCUAAAGUGGGGUGUAUUCAUUAAGAUCCAAACGGAAAUAAACGGGCAGAAACGGGGCGGGACUAACCUGAAAAACGCUCGUUUUCAUUGCAAAACAUUGUGCUACGCUAUGCACCUGUGAAGUCAACCCUGGCAUGUACUGUUUUACUCUCUCUUUCCUCUCACCCCCUUCUCUCUUCACCUCUCUUAUCUACUCAACCCCCUAUCUGCAGUUGUAGUGAUACAACAACACCACGUUUUGUAGCCAAACGUCGCCCAAAUAAUGUUUUUAUACGCCGAAGUAUAAGUGAAAGUACAAAUAGCUAAAGCUACACGAGCUCACUGAAAUACGACGCGAGAAAGAUUUUGGGGACAAGAUAUCCUUCAUGUUGGGACAUACCAGUGAUGGGGCAGAAUCACACCCGGUGACAUGGCUUGUACAAGGCAAUCCGCUUUAGAGUACAUUCAAAAUGGAAGGAGACUCCUUGUUGAAAGGCUCCAGAAUCUGUCCCUCAUUGUGGAAAACCUGUUCCAGCACAAGGUUCUUUAGGAGGAGGAAGUCAGUCAAAUACUGGACUGGGUCACGGCCAAAGGAGAAGCUGCAUGCUACGAGUUACUGAUGAUUCUAGACAUCACAAGGAAGAGGACCUUAGACAACGCUGACUUACAGCAAUGGAUCAGCUGCUUCCCCUUCAAGGAAGAUCCAGAGAUGACAGACUACCUUGUUGGUUCAAAUCCCUGUCACAGAUAUCAGUCACAGCUGAAAUGUAAAGCUCGAAAGAUCACAGAGGCUGCAUGGAAACAAAGCUGUAGUCUCCUACCAGAGAGGUGUAGAAAUGAGAUCUGACCCCUCAAUGCUGUGUCAACUCUGGACAACUUUGCUGCGCAGUGAGGCAGACAUUGACUUCACUAGCUUACUUGGGCUCUGUGGAAAUGAGUUGCACCUUCCAUUCCAGGGUGAAAGACGAGUGUUUGAGAGAACAGAAGAAGUGAUGAAGCAGAGCCUAGAGAGGGUUAACCUCUGUCUACACUGGGAUCGGAGAAUUAUUCUCAGUGAGGCUCUCAGCAAGACCAUUUUAAAGUGUUUAACACAUAUCAACAAACUCCAUUUUACCCCACUACAAGAUCAGAGAGAAUCCCCUGAAAAACUAGAGAAAGAAGAGAAAUCAGUCCUACUAGAUUUGUGUUUACAAGCAGGAUUAUGUCACAGAGAAACGUUCCAGGGUGCUGUGAACACACUGCUGUCACUGUUCUCUGUGUAUCAAACUGAAAGAUAUGACAUCCUGCUGGAUCUGUACUCACAUGUGAAGUACAAUGGGAAACAAGCAGGCAGAAGUAUCCUUCCAUCAUUGAGACCACUUUACCAGUCAGCUCCUGCAGUCUGGUCCAUAGACCUCUCAGAGAGAAAGGUCUCCCUCAUCCUAGAAGUGCUGAAACUCCAACCAGAGAAGAAACCAGUAAAGCUGUGGGACUGGUCAGAUGAAGAGAGUGAAGUGAGGAGUUUCCUUCAGUGUCUGCCCUACAUCUCACAGCUGAGUUGAGUCUGAACAUAAUCUGUGAUUCUGACAGGUUCUUCCAGCGUGUGUGUGAAUCCAUCCCUGUGAGGUCCAGAGAGGAGGACCAGCAGUUGGCCUCUCUCCUCCAGGCCUUGGGCUCCACCCUGUCACUGGGAGGACAGUUACCCAGGACAACCUGCAGGUCUGUGGUGAGAGUGCUUGGCCUCUGUGCCUCCAGAGUGGACCUCACUCUCACCCCCAGCAAGAUCUCUCUGAAAGGAGCCUCGCUUCUCUUCACACAUGUGUCACAGCUACACAAGCUCAGGCUGAAUGUGGGCAUGGCAGUGAGACUGGCCAGACUGGCUAGGAGGACAAGGAGAGGGGGUUCUCCACUGACUGUCCCAGAGCUCUCCCUGGUCCUAAAGAGCAGCCAGCCACCAGAGAGAGUGUUAUCCAGGGCUCUGAGUAGUGUGGCGUCCCUGCUGAGACUCUGGACGGUGCAGUGUCUGGACCUGACUGACUUCUGCAUCCAGGGUCACUCUCUCAUCACACUGCUGUGUCACCAAGGCCCUCUCACUCUCAGACUGCACUCAGACACUCUGCAGCAGCUGGCUGUAGUUGUGUAUGAAGCUCAGGACAAGGACUUGACUCGGUGGUUCCUGGAGAAGGUUGGUGGAGACCUGACCUCCUGUAGGCUGGACUGGGAGGUGCUUCUCUCUCUGCUGCAGCAUUCAACCCACAACAUCACAGUGGACCUCAGGAAGAACAGGCUUCUAGAGAAGAACAUCUCAGAUCUUCUCCCCUUUCUGGGAAGGGUUAUAUUCAAGAGGCUCAGUUCCAGCUUUGUGAAGUCCACCAUCAGACAGAUCUAUGACAGUAGAGCCAGUGACUGUGUGUCCAGUUUGUUGAGGUCUUCAGACCAUUGGAUCAACCUGAACAGCAGAGAGCUGGACAGAGUGGACUGUACUGCGCUGUGUUUCACCCUGCAGCACAGCCACCAAGUCAAAGUCAACCUGCUGUGGACCUCCAUACCACCGGGGGAGAUAGAGAGCAUCCUGCCUCUUCUGGACAGAGUCUCCCAACUCAGUGUUGACAGGAUGCUGUUGCUGAGUUUCCUCCACUCCUGCGCUGCCUCUCAGAUCCUGCAGGAGGCACUAUCUCCAGCACCACCUCCAGCAAUAACAACAGCAGCAGCAGCAGAAUUGCUCAGGGCUCUGCAGCACAGGUUGGACUUCUCCUGCUCCUCCUCUGUGGACCUGUCAGCUCACGACCAGGGGGAGGCGCUGUGUCUGACCACUGACCACUGUAGGGCCAUAAACUCUGUUCUGAAGCAGAGCCAACACAGCACACAGCUGGUUCAGAACCCGAUCCAGAACCAGUCCCGAAACCAGCCCCAGGUGCAGCUCAUCCUUAAAGACUGUGAGGUGGAGCACGGAGCACUGAGAGAGCUGCUUCCCAUCCUGCAUAUUGUCAAGCUGAGCCCCCGCAAAGCUCUGCUACUUCAGCUGGUGGACCAUGUGUGUGAGGGGAUUGAAGAGGGGGUUCUGAGGCACACAGAGUCCCUGUGCAGAGCCCUGGAUGGGGAGCUGGACCUCAGUGAGACCAGGCUGAACCAAAAGGCUUGUGGAUCUCUGGCUCUGGUUCUGGAACACUCAGAGGGGCUGUCAGAACUGGACCUCAGCGACUGCAAACUCACAGACAGCCAUCUACAGCCCCUGCUCACACACCUGCACAAAGUUGAAGUCCUUGACCUGAGUCACAAUGACAUCACUGAUGCUCUGACCGACAGAAUUGUCCAACUGGUCUCCACCAACACUUCAAUCCUCGGCGUACGGCUCUUCAGCAACACAAUCAAGGACAGAAGUCCCGUUCCUGACAGACAAGAGGUUUGACAUCUGGUGAAGCAGCAUCAGGUCCAAGUCCAGACAGAGGAAGGUUAGAUGGAUGUUGAAGAGGUAGAGGACGCGAAGAUGGAUGUUGAAGAUGGGUGUAGUAGCUACGAAGCCUCACCUCAUCAACCUUAACCUGGACACUAAACGUAUCCUAAUUUUAACCAAUUCUUAAAUAUAAAAUGAAAGCCACAUCCCCUUAGAUUUUAACUGACCUCAUCAUGGUGUCAGAAGAACUGCAAGUGGUGUCAUCAGGGAUUUUGGGACUAAGGUAUUGUAAAAAUAGUUGAGACUCCAGAACUCUGGAAUGUUCUGAGUGUAAUGGAUAGGAAUGUGUAGUUUUAUUUACCUCUUACAUGGUUCUGAAAAACACAGGAAAAUGUGUAGUAUAACGUUUUUUGAGCUUUACUUAACUAGAUGAGUUUUGUGAUCUGACAGACUUAAUACAUGAGUGUUUUGUUUCAGGUCAAUCUCAUGGUAUUGUUACUCAGGCUAGCCCUGUUGAGAACCAAGCUUCCCUAUUCAGGAAGCAAGAGAUGUGUUGACUUCUCUUGAACGUUUGCUAUGUUGUGCAACGUUUUGUACUGAAUGACACGUUUCCCCAAAAUGUUCUUGAACAGACUUCGAGGUACGUUUGGUGGGUGUGGCGGUGUGGCUUGAAGCAAUGAGUGACAUAUUUUUAUUUUUAAAGGGCAGUGGCCAUGCUGACAGCAUUCUCCAACCCACAACCCAACCCCUCCCCAUUUUUCAACUGGUUGUUCAGUACAGCACCGUUUACUUUCAAUUGAACCGUUUCAGAACGUAGAAACAUACUGAACGCAGCCCUGGUGAAGUUCAGGGCAGAAAGUAGCUACAAGUGGGUGGAAACCAUUGAUGCCUCGCAACACGUCAAACCAAUCAAUUGCCUUGCUUUGGCAGAGCACAAAAGGUAGCCACGAGUGCCAUAGGAGGAACAGUGUGUGAGGAUGCCCAGGAAAUCGCUGAUGUAUAACAUAGGCUGUAUGUACACACACCAUAACGAAAUGUAUUUAGUAGAGCAGUUGUAAUGCCUUCAUCGACUUGUGAAGAACAUUACACGCAGCUUCCCUUUUAAGGGCAUGUGGGGAGGUUUCUUGAAAUAUAACAUCCAAUCAAAAUGUAGCCGCUGGAACCCAGCAGACCAUUCUGUUUUGGCUCAUACAAAAUUCUCCAGCAUGACAACAAUGUGAUUUUGGAGGUAUGGCUACAUGAGACUAGUACAAGCCUUUCUCAUAUCAAAACAGACAAACUAAGAAAUAAUACAUUAAUAUUUUGUUUUUUUAAUAAAUGUACCUUGAGGCCCAUGA